UGGACUCUGUCCCGGCCGAGGAGGAGGGAGAGGGACGCUGCUAGCCCCGCGUCCUCUCUCCCCUCAUAUUGUACUCGAUUUGUCCUGCUUUGACAGCGCAGCGAUGGGGAGACGGAGCCUGCUGGGCAGGGGAGCUGCGCGCGUGCGCACGACGUGGCCGCACGCCGGAAGGACACAGCCUAGGCCGGCCCAGCUGGAGGAAAGGCGGUGGGGCUGGGGGUCGCCAUGGCUACCGAGGCCCCGGCUGCAGAGCCGGCCGUGCCGUCUCUAGUGGAUCGUUAUUUUACUCGCUGGUACAAAACGGAUGUCAAAGGAAAACCUUGUGAGGACCACUGUAUACUCCAGCACUCUAACCGGAUAUGUGUCAUCACACUAGCAGGAUCUCAUCCAGUUCUUCAAAGUGGGAAAACGAUUACAAGCAUUUCCUAUCAGAUCAGUAGCAACUGUAGCCGACUUCAGAACAAGGUCUCUGGGAAAUUUAAGCGGGGAGCCCAGUUUCUAACAGAACUUGCACCUCUGUGUAAGAUUUAUUGCUCGGAUGGAGAAGAAUAUACCAUAUCCAGUUGUGUGAGAGGACGGUUGAUGGAAGUGAAUGAAAACAUUCUCCAUGAGCCAUCUAUUCUUCAAGAAAAGCCAUCCACUGAAGGUUACAUUGCAGUUGUGUUACCUAAAUUUGAAGAAAGUAAAAGUAUAACAGAAGGGUUAUUGACACAAAAGCAAUAUGAAGAAGUCAUGGUGAAUCGUAGUAAUGCCUCAACAGCUACGGCGUGAGGCCCGAGAUGGAGUCAGGAGCAGCCUGGGAUUCUUCACCCUUCCUGGCCUGAACCGCCAGUGUACUG